GCUCCCAGGGCCCACUCCUCUGACCCACCCAUCCACCCCCAGAUUCCUACUCGCCCUCUCUGCACCCGGAGAUGCUGAAGCGGGCGCUGGAGCCCACAAGGGGCUUCUGCUUCGAGAAUUGCCAGAGAAACGAAACCUUAGAACGCGUCCUCCCUGGACUCCGGGUCCCUCCUGCACGCAAGACCGGGACCACCGUCGCUGGACUCGUGUUCCGAGACGGAGUCAUCCUGGGUGCGGACACGCGGGCCACCGACGAUUCCGUCGUGGCGGACAAGAGCUGCGAGAAGAUUCACUUCAUCGCCCCCAAAAUCUACUGCUGCGGGGCUGGAGUAGCCGCGGACGCCCAGAUGACCACGCGGAUGGCAGCGUCCAACACGGAGCUACACGCGCUGUCCACGGGCCGCGAGCCUCGGGUGGCCGCGGUCACUCGGGUCCUGCGCCAGACGCUCUUCCGGUAUCGGGGCCACGUGGGCGCAUCCCUGAUCGUGGGCGGCGUUGACCUGACAGGACCACAGCUCUAUGGCCUGCAUCCCCACGGCUCCUAUAGUCGUCUGCCCUUCACGGCCCUGGGCUCAGGACAGGACGCGGCCCUGGCACUGCUGGAGGACAGGUUCCAGCCAAACAUGACACUGGAGGCUGCACAGGAGCUGCUGGUAGGAGCCAUCACCGCAGGGAUCCUGGGUGACCUGGGCUCUGGGGGCAGCGUGGAUGCAUGUGUGAUCACCGCUGCGGGUGCCAAGAUGCUGAGGACUCUGAGUUCACCCACAGAACCCGGGCAGAGAACUGGCCACUACCGCUUUGUGCCUGGAACGACAGCUGUCCUGACCCAGGAAGUGAGACUCCUGAACCUGGAGCUCCUGGAGGAAAUUGUGCAGGACAUGGAGGUGGAGUAGUAGACCAAGACUUAGAGCUUGGAACACGGGGAAAUAAAUC